AUGAAGCUUAGGGAAACCAUCUACAACGUUGGAUAUCCUGUUUACGGCGCAAAGUUUCUUAAUGAAAAUGUGCUAUUAGUUGCUGGUGGUGGCGGGGAGGGAAACAAUGGCAUACCUAAUAAGUUAACAGCUCUUCGAAUUGAUUUCGCCAAGAAAAAAGUUGUUAAAAGAUUUAGAGAAUUAGCUUUGGACCCGAAUGACGAUUCACCGACAACUCUGGAUGCUGCGCAGAAUACUAUACUUAUGGGAUGUAAUGAAAGUUCGGCAAAAAUUAAGAAUAAUGGCGAGAAUCAUCAUUUGAGAAAGUACGUGUUUGAAAACGAACACUUGAAAUUUGUAGCAAGCGUGGAUUUGGAUCGAUCCGGGAACUCAGAAGACUAUACGAAGCUUACGUAUAUCUCCCAGGAUGGUACAGUAGCGGCUAGUGCGUCGUCACGCGUUCCGACGGUGAUCAGAAUCUUGAAUCCGGGUCCGUUGUCUGAAACGUACGAAAUUGAGACCGGAAACGACGUCAAGGAUCUUCAUUUCAGUCCCGAAGGUAAGGUGCUCAGCUAUAUUACUCCUUCUACCUUGGAAGUGGUCUCCAUCGUGACUGGAAGAUUUAUCGUUAGGAAAACAGAUUUCGACCCAAAUUGGGCUCUUUCUAAAAUCAGAUUCACGGGCGAAGACACUGUUCUUAUUGCCGCAAGUUUGCGCAAGGGUUCAGGUGUAGUGCUCAUUACGAUUAGUCUCAAGAGUGGCAGUGCGUCCCUCUUGAAAACGCAACUGAUCACCAAUAAAAUAAAGGGAGUCACAUCCAUGGAUGUAGAUUCCAAAGGUCAACUUGCCGCAUUUGCAGGAAGUGACAAUUCCGUUCUUCUUGUGAAACUAAACACUCUUGCGAUUUCCAGGUGGUUCAAACAUGUCCACACUUUCGCAGUGACGCGAGUCGCCUUUUCCCCCGACAGUAAGCUACUCUGCAGCGUUUCAGCAGCUAACACUAUGCAUGCCGUUGAAAUUCCAGAAAAUUUGGCCUCGUCGACGAGCUUUUUACAAAAAGUUAAGACUUUUGUGGUCAAUUUCGUUUUAGUUGUUAUGGUCGCAGUUCUGGCCCAGCUCUGUUUUAAGUAUGACCUGCAUACUAAAACCUAUCGAAUCCUGCGCAGGAGAUUUGAGAAAACAGAUUCCUCGUCUUAUUUCAAGCUAAAUGACGUAUAUCGUCAAACGACGUUAGUCGGAGAUAUGGUUAGUGUCUCCACUCAUACUAUGCCUCGAGAAACAGACUCGGCUUAUGUACACACCGAGAAUUGGUUUGAAAACGACCCUUUAGCCUCGAAGUUUGCCAACGCGAGUCUAACAGAGCCAGAAAGUUGGAGCUCAUUGGCGACUGACACUUUGACCAGUUGGCAAUCUUCGAAAAAGCCUAAUAAAACUCCAAAUGCAUCAGUACCACAUUCGAAGACUACGCAGUCCAGUGAUGCUUUUGUCUCUAUGAAGGAAUUAAAAUUAUCAAGUCUCAGUACACCAGUGACAACGUCUGAGGACACGGGAACAGUAAGCACUGCGACUGGCCUAAAUCUCAGUGUCGAAAACGACUCCUUGGAGGCGGUCAGCUCUUUUGCUGUGCCGGCAUUUCUUGAAGCUACCUCUGAGGCGAUGAAUUUAAAUGAAUCAAAGGUGACACCGGAGGCUCAUCUUGAAUCAAUUGACACUAACUCCAGAGACGGCAUUGCCGAUAUUCCCGUAAACCCCAGCCAUCGCUUGAGUGACGUGGAAGAUACAGAGGUAUUAAGUGAGGUUCAGGAAGUUUUGACACAAUCUUCGUCGUCGGUAGAGCGUAAAGAAACAGAAAUCAGUGAACAGGCUUCAAAUCCUGGUCAUGAGACUAUAGUGAAAUCAACCCUUUCACUAACAUCUAUAAAGCUGACUGAUGAUCGCACGGCUUUCACUGAACCCGCUGUGUAUGCUCCCACUGACACUGUAAAAUAUGAGACACGAAAGGAGCAUGUUCUAUCAGAUGCUAGUGAGUCAACCGAGAAUGCAUCAACCUUAGACAGCAUUGACUCUGAGAGUGACGAAGAAAGAGAACUCCAAGUCACCUCCUCGCAGUUGUCGCCUGAACAAACCCCUUCUGAAUCUGUCAAGGUUGAAGCUAUUGCUAAAUUGUCCAUUUUCAGUCUUUCUGGCGAGGAAAUAUAUCCCACCACGCAGAAGAGCGUCGAAGAAGUCACUUCAUCUAAAAAAGGCUCUGAGUUUAGUUUCGACAAGACUAUCAGUGUUUCGGUCGACCCUGGUAGUGGGGAGGGACUGACACUUGAUUCCACUCUGCAGACUGGUGACUCUAACAUGGGCGGAAAAAAUAUUGAGUCGUUGAAGGAAACUUCCAAAGUAACCACAGCAUGGGAGUCAACUGCUUCGCCUGAUGUACAAUCGAGUUCCUUCGCCCUUCCUGAUGAUUUUGAUAAUCAGAUAACGCCAGAAAUAUCAGAAGGUAAAGAGAUUGACAGUAAACACGACCUUGAUACAUUGCCCGAAAAGAUUGGAGUCGAGCUCUCGGAGACGGACGAGUUUAUGGACGCGCCUCCUGACUCGAGUUUGAUUGGCUUGACCUCCGCCAAUGAGAUGACUGCUUCGGCAUAUAGCCCGGAGGAUUUGUCACAGGAUGCUAGACGAUCGACUUCUUCAAAUGAUGUAGCACAUGAUGAGCUCUGA